AAGGAGAAGGAGAGAGGGAGACAGAGGGUCACGUACUUGAAAUUUCAAACCCGCAUGUAUUUCAACCCUUCAUUGCUUGACUUUCAGAUCAGCAGCUCCACCGCCAAAUGGCAGAUAUUUCGUCGUCAUGCAAUAAAAAGGCACCAGUCAGCAAUAUCUGGUUUUGAUUUUCCUUUUAAAAGACACGGAUUGCCAGCGACCCUGACUUCAGGGAGUUCUCUUCUUUCUGGACAUUGGUGGAUUUUUAUUUCUCAAAAUACAUGGUUUGAAUUCUACAUGUUUGGGGUUGAUUCUUUCUCAUUUGCAAGGCAUGGGAAACAGCUGCACUGUUCAUGCUGUAAGGAGGAGAUCAAGGGAUAGGCAUAAAAGGCUCACAGCGACGAACACCCACCAUUCAAUUCAUGAAGGAAUAAAAACAGUUGUGGCUGAAAAUUUCUGUGAAUCAUCAUCAAACGUUCCAGUCCUUUGCAUGUGCAUAGUGACAUGGAACAUGAAUGGAAAGGUGUCGUCGGAGGACUUCGUUGAGCUCAUUGGUGGUAAUCGAAACUUCGAUCUAUUUGUGGUGGGCCUGCAAGAAGUGCCAAGGCACAACGUCGCUCGAUUGUUGAAGGCAAUUCUAGUUGAUACUCACAGACUUGUAGGUGAAGCCAUCAUGCAGUCUCUACAGCUGUUUGUGUUUGGGCAAAAGAACUCAGAUCUCUCAACAAAAGAAGUGAAGGUAGAAAAGCAUAGCAUCGGGGGAUUUGGAGGACUGAUUGGGAGAAAGAAGGGAGCUGUUACCAUAAGCCUCAGCUUCAAAGGAGUCCAUAUGCAGUUCACAUCAUGCCAUCUUUCAGCCCACACGCGUAAUGUUGAAGAAAGGAAUUUGGAAUGGAGGUACAUAUGCCAUGCUCUACUAUCAAACCGAAACCCAUAUGCAAGGCCCCCACAUAUCACUGUUUGGCUGGGUGAUCUCAAUUACAGAAUUCAAGGCAUCGAAACGUCACCGGCAAGGAGUCUGAUACAGAAAAACCUUCACAAGACGCUGACUAGCAAAGAUCAGCUCCUACGGGAGGCAGAAAGGGGGCAAAUUUUCAACGGAUACUGCGAGGGGACCUUGGCAUUCAAGCCUACGUACAAAUACAAUGUUGGAAGUAGCGAUUACGAUACAAGUUACAAGGGGAGAGUACCAUCAUGGACAGACAGGAUCUUGUUCAAGAUAGAGGAAUCGGCCGACAUCGAUGUGGCGUUACGCUCUUAUGAAUCCGUUGAUUCGAUCGACAGUUCUGAUCAUAAACCUGUGAGGGCCCAUCUUUGUUUAAAAAUAAACAACCCGCAAUCGAAUUUCCCACUACGUAACCAAGUUCUCUAAUUGGAGAACGGUUGUAUUAAUUACCAUGCACAUUAGUCCAUUAAAAUCAUACUGCUUUUCUCUUGUAAUUAACAAUAGAACGAUGAGAAAUAACCAAUGAAAUGAUUCUUUUAUUUGUAUCAUAGACUAAUCAAGAAGAGUAUUUGUAAUAUCUACCC